AUGGCGCAUCCGUGUUGGUUGGAGACCUUUCAGGCGCCUUGCCUGGCGAGUCUCCGUGUGCAGGUGACUUCACCCACCCAGGUGGCCACCAAGGUUCGUGGACUGAGGAUCGAGUGGAAGAAUCACGGCUUUGUGACUGGCGAAGAUCUUUCCAUUUUCAAUGGCUGGAUCACUGCUGGUGAUGGUGGAAUAGAUCUGAGGUUGGAGCAGAUCCCUGCUACUCGGGUCGUGCGCCUUGGAGGCUUCUUGGCAGAUCAGAUCAUCGAGCUGUGUUCAGGGCUUGGAGGCAUGUCUGCCGCUGCUAGUGCCUUGGGUUUGAAGAGUAUGGCAUGCAUGGACCUCUCUCCUUUGGCCAUCGCAGCUUGCAGGAGAAAUCAUGACAGCCUUGUUUUGGAAGGGGACAUUUGCAACCCUGACGAUUUGGCACGUCUUUUUUCUUUGAUGAAGGGGGUCAAAGUUGGGCUCCUCUGUGGAUUUCCGUGUCCCCCCUUUAGUGUGAUGUGUGAUCAAAAGGCCUUUGGGGAUAGUAGAUCUGAAGUGUUUGUGGCGGCUUUGAACGCUGCAUUCCUCUUCAACUCCGCCUAUGUGAUCUUGGAAUGCACGCCUACCACUGGCAAGUAUCAACAAGUUCAAGAUCUUCUAUGUUCCUUUGCGAGAGCCAUGAACUUUGAGUGCAGACAGCAGAUUCUCAAGCUCUCCGAUGUCUGGCCAUGUCAAAGGACUCGUUGGUGGUGUUAUCUCAUUCCAGCAGAGGCAGUUCCCAACAAUGUCAUCUUGCCCUCUUUGCCCAGGUUUCCUCACCUACAAACAGUUGGUGACAUUCUGCCUUCUUGGCCGUUUUGGUCCAGAGCUGAAGAGGAAGCCCUAUCAUGGACGCCUGAAGAGGAAGACUUCUAUGCAUCGACCCUGGUGUUGGAGAACCAUGAAUUGCGACAGUCAGGAUCCUGCCCUACUCUUCUUCACAGCCUUGGACAUCAUCUAUAUGCAUGCCCUUGUGGCUGUCGGCAUCAGGGAUUGAGCCAUGAGCGGCUUUUGCGAGAUGGUGUGGCUCUCACGAUGCUUCCAUCCACCUUUUCAGCUCAGCAUUAUCGGCAUUUACACCCAUGUGAGGCGGGUUAUCUGUGCAGUCUUCCGGCUGAUUUCAUCUACAACUUAGAGCAGGCGAGGAGUGAUCUGCCUCUCAUUGGUCAGACAGCUGCUCCACUACAGACCAUGUGGGUUCUCUUGCAUGUUCUACAUCAAUUGCAAGAGCAUGGAUUUGGUUCUUGGCCCUUGAACUUCUCCAAUCCUCAGGAAGUGCUUCUUGCUUACAUCAACAACAACCUUGAGGUCUGCAAGCAGCUCUGGCCUACAUGUGAGCACCGACAUCCACAGGAGGUAUGCUUCAAGGAGGCUGAUUCCAGCUUUUCGUGCUUGCUUGACCCCAUGACAUCGGCGCAGCAGUUUCUUCAUGCACACCAACAACUUUUGGGUUGGGCUCAUCGUGUCACUCUUUUUCGGGAUGGCAUCCCACAGCUUCCCAAUGCUCUCUUGCGAGGAGGUUCCUACGAUGUGGUUGUCACGCAGCCUAGACACUCUCGGCCAGCUCCGACGGACUUCAUCUCAGUCAAGCUGCACGAUGGCAUUACUGAGUAUGACUUUCAUGGACCAGCAGGAACUCGUUUGUCAUCAGUUCUUGAAUCCCUUGGCUUCAGCUACAAGCAUGGCAUUGAGUUCAGCAACUUAUGCCGCAGCUAUCGAUGGGGUGAUGCUCUGUGGCAAAGUGAGCAAGGAGAAGUUCGUGGACUUGGCAGGGCAUCUCCUGCAGCCACUGGAGUGCAUCAUCAUGAACUCUAUGGUGAACUUCACACCAUCCUCCAACUUCUGCCAUCGCACAUCCUGGAUGCCGUGCAGGUUGUUCCUCACCACAUCAUUCAGUUGCUCAUCAACCGGCCAGCCAGCUUUGCAUCCAAGCUUCUCCUCAACGAGCACAGUACACCCUUUACCUGGCUCAUCUUUCCACUUCUGGCGAAGUCUCAUUGGAGUCUCCUCAUCUUGGACUUCUCGCUCAUGGAAUUUCACUACCUUGAUGGACUUCCAGACUUUCACUUGGAUUUGGUGACCUCGGUGGUUUCAACCGUUGCCCUUGCUUUCAGCAUGGCCACUCCAAAGCUUCGUCAGAGGACUCCGCUGGAACAGCUGGAUGGCGACUAUUGUGCAGCUGUCUUGCUUCACAAUGUGGGCAUCUUCUUCAAUCUUUGGUCGGCCAUGACCGUGGAUGCACUACAGGACUGGACUGACUCGCUCAAGUCUCAGGAGGAGCUUCAGGGUUGUGGGCCUGCCGAGUACUCUCAGACACAUGCUUGGCUAUGCAAAUUCCUUAUCACUAAGGGAGUUCCUGAAGCUGAUUCUCCAGCCCGCGCCACCUUGGCUUUGAAGAAGCUUGGCCAUGCACCCAUCGCCAAGGCCAUUUCCCAGGCCAACCCAUGGUCAGCACUGAAGCAGUUGGCAAACGCCCAGCAACGGCCUUUUCAGUGGAUCCAACACAACGAGCUGAUGAAUCACAUCCAACAGAGGGCCAAGGAGCACCACGGUGCCGCAUCCGGUCCGUCCAAAAAGCCCUCCAAGAAGCGAGCUGAACCGGCACCGCCAGUGUCUCCAAAUGCACUGAUCUUGGCUCCCAAAUCCUUUGUGGAUGAACAUGAUCACGAACUCCCACAGCUUCAGCUCGACAAAGUGACACCUGAAUCCAAUGGCAUCAUUUUGGGUACCGUGGAGCAAGCUGCCAAUUUCUUGAGAGGUCAGAAGACCAUAUCGAUCAAUUCGCUCGCCAUGCUCACAACGACAGAAAUUCCGAGCACUAUGCAUGGGAAGCUCACUGUCCAGCACAUGGUCUGGCCAGCACUGCUCGCCGACAGUGCCGAUCCCAUUUUGAUUCGUGGAUCCUGUAUACAGCUUGGAGAUCACAUGGCAAAGAAGGUUUUGGGACCGGAGCCAAGUCCUGCCACCUUCGUCCCUGAGCUCUUCAAGCUUCAGGUUUACCAAGAUCAAUGGCCACACUCCUGGACAGACUUCAUUGGCAGACCUCUCAAGGCGCUUGUGCAACAUUUCGAGUGUCUUCAGUUCUGCGAUGGCUCCACUUGCAACAAUGCUUCCAGUUGCAAGCGCUUUCACCCGGCUUUAGAGGAGGAGAUCGACAUGGUCAUCCUUGAUGCUUUUGGAUGGAAGUGGUGCGAUGCUACUGGAGCUGCGGCCAACUCCAAGAAAGCUGCGUCCUUUGGCAUCAUGGUCCGAGUUCCUCCUUCAGCUGCUCCUGCCAUUCUGGCUAUCUCCGCCACGGAUGGACUCUACACUGAACUACGUGAACCAGUAUCUAAAGGGCCAAGCACCAAGUAUGCCGUGAUUUGGAUCAAAGGUGAUCUGCAGCAGGCCAUACACACCAAAUGUCAGACGGCCAAAGCUUUGCAUGUUGUUCGUUCUCAUCAACGCUACGGACUUCGCUGCCUGGCUACUGAUCAAGAAGCAGUGCACAAGGUUGCUCUUCCAAAGCUCCCUUUUGUUGCAGGCAGCAAUGCUCUUCAUCGUGCUCCUCCUCAAGUGAUGGGUUCUCUGCAAACCCUGCAAAGGCUUCAAGCUCCUUUGGGUGAGGACCCCCUGCAGGUCCGGGAUCCAUGGGCCACUGCGCUUCACUCAGUUCCGGCUUCCUCUGCUCCGCCAGCUUCCUCCAAGCUGGAUGAGAUUUCACAGCAGCUUCAGACGUCAGUGGCAGAACAAGUUCGGGAACAGCUUCGCUCUUUCUCCGACUCCUACAUGGACACAGAUGACUCUCGUCUUUCGCAAAUGGAGGCCAGCAUCACUGAGUUGCAAGCACAAUCCACGCAGUUUGCUGGCUGGUUCGCUGAAGCUGGUGAACGCAUGCAGGCGCUUUCCAAGCAGGUGUCCUCACAGGAGGGUCAAUUGGUUGAGCUUACCAACGAGGUCACGCGCACAGACCAGCGGACCGAGCAGUUGCAUCAAUCGGUGGGCAAGCUUCGCCAGGAUUUUCAAAAUGAUUUGGAAGCCUCAAUGGCCCGGCAGUUGGAAAGCAUGGACGAUCCUGGCCCUACGGCCUUCCACAGCUCCCGCACUACGGUGGCUUCAGACGAGGAUUGGGGCUUUCCUCGCCUGAACCCGGUCUUUGGCUCCUCCAUUGAUGUCAGCACAGAUGAUGAGCACGCUGCUUCUGCCCCUUGUUUGGUGGUGGGAACUGCCAAUCCUAGUGGCAUCAAUGGCAAGGCACUUGCAUUCGCUUCGCUUCCAUGGGGAAUAUGGAAUGUGGCAGAAACUCAGGCAAGUCAACCCGUUUUUGCUCGCUUUCAGCGUGAACUGAACUGGAUGACGCAAUACAAACUUCAUUGCAAGCAUGGGCAUUUUGCUCCCUUUAGGCCUCACUCUGACUUUGCGGGCUCGUGGACGGGAGUGGCACAGAUCUCUCCGGGACCCAUUCAUCCUGUUCCUCUUCAAUGGCAGGGUGCCUCCUAUCAAUCUGGUCGGAUCAUGCUCUCCAGUUUUGCCCUGCAUGAGCACACGCUCCUUGGAGCAAGUGUCUAUGCACCACCUGCUGGACCCACAUAUCGGAAUGCUAAACAGCUUUCUUCUCAGCUCCUAGAGCAGCUUACCGCAGAGCUUGUGCUCUCCUCUCACGGUCCACGUUUCAUUGCUGGUGACUUCAACUGUGAUACCGAGGACCUUCAGGUCUUCACUACAUGGAGACUGGCCGGUUGGGAAGAGAUCCAACACUUGGCAGAAAAGCGCUUCUCCCAGCAUCGGCUUCCCACUUCCAAGGGCAAGGCAAUUCGCGAUCAUCUAUGGCUUUCUCCAGAACUUCAACAAUGGCUCCUUGAGGUGCACGUGGACUCGGAGCACUUUGCUGACCAUGCCAUUCUCUAUGGCCGCUUUCGUCUUCCUGAAUCACGUUGGUGGCACCAGCACUGGCCUAUGCCAUCCAAUCUUCCUUGGCAGCAUCUUCGCCCUGAUCGACUACCAGAUUCUGCUGCCCAUCACUGGGACACCAUGAACAUGUCUCAGUCUUUCGUUCACUGGUCCAGAGCCACAGAACAGGCCCUCCGCACCACCGCUUACUGUCAGCGAGCCACUGCUACCACUCACUGGCACCUUCAAGUUGACCAGAUGUCCACCUGGCGAGCCAUCAUUCAUGCUCAUGGAUUUCGCGAUGGAUUUCGACGGUGGUGGCUGCGUCGUCCCAUUCAGCACGUUGGGUCACCCCCUUCCUUUCCGGAGUGGCCGCCUUCGCAUGCCAUUGCGCAGAUCCUCCUUCACGACUUUGAGGCCAACUUCAGGCAAUUCGAAUCCUGGCACUUUCGUCGCAGGCAUGAUCUUGUCCAAGCUCGGCAUCUUCAUCACAAUCAAGUUCUCACCAAGCAGCUCAAGCAAGGAGACUACCUGCCCAUCACUCACCUUGUCAAGGAAGAGCAGGCCCAGAUCUUGCAAGUCAACAAUGAUCACUCAGUUCGUCUUUCAUGCCAUCUUCACCUGCAAGGGGAUCAGAGCAUUACGCUCAAUCUUGAGCCUGCUGAGCUCCAACAGCAGCAAGGUGACGACUACUACCUGAACAGUGACCUGCUCUCAGCUCCUGGGCAAACAGUCGUGGUUCGUACGCAGUGCAACACCUUCCAGGCCAUUGAAUCUGAGCUCGCCAACCUGUGGACACCCAUUUGGCAAAAGCAUUCUGGCCUGGCUCUUUCACACUGGAAUCGCAUUGUCGCUUUUGGGCUGCGUUACAUGCCAAAGCUGCCUCCAUUGGCAUUUCAAUGGACUUCCUCGCAGUUUGCGUAUUUGACCUCCCAUUAUCGCAAACGGAUUACACGUGGUCCUGAUGCCUGGUCUCGUGAUGACAUCGCCCACUUGCCUGCUCACAAGCAAGCUGAUUUGGUCAACAUGUUCCACAAGAUCCAGGAGGGCGCUGAUUGGCCGCAACAGCUUGUCACCGGCUUUGUCAUCCCCAUCCGGAAGACACCUAUAGCCGACCAGGCUAAGCACUAUCGCCCCAUCGUCCUCAUCUCCUUCCUGUACCGGCUUUGGGCGACAGGCAUUUGUAGGGCCUACCUUCCUUACCUCACCAAGAUCAUCCCAACCUUGGUGUUUGGUUACGUGCCAGGACGCAGAGCAGAGGACGUUUGGUUUCUUCUCCAGACACUCAUUCAGUCUUCUUACACCAUGCAGUCUGAGUUGCUGGGGUAUAAUGCUGACCUGGUCAAAUGCUUCAACACGCUGCCAAGAGCUCCCAUCCUCCUGCUCCUUCAGCUCAUGGGCUUCCCCACUGACUGUGCGAAAGCCUGGAAUCAAGCACUCACGCAGCUGCAGCGACGUUUCAGGAUCGCCAGCCAUACUGGAGAUGCUCUUCUCUCCAGUACCGGCUUCCCUGAAGGGGAUCCACUCAGUUGCAUUGCCAUGCUGGCCUUCAAUACGGCUUUGGACACGUAUCUCAAGAUCUAUAGCGCUGGAGUGGCUUGUCCGGUUUUCGUGGACAACAUUCAGCUCGUUGCAUCGGCACUAGGUGAGCUUUGUCAUGGCAUCAACGUCCUGCAGGUCUUCAUGGACUCCUGGGACAUUUGUCUUGAUCCUGGGAAGUGCUUUGCAUGGGCUACGACGCCUGACUCCAGACGUGCCCUACGCAACCUGGGCUAUGCCACCAAGCUGGCGGCGAAAGACCUUGGCGCUCAGAUGACCUACUCCCGAGUCUCUAGAACACAGGUGGCUCAAAGCAGAAUCGGCGCAGUGGCAGAUCAUUGGCGUAUCCUUCGGCAUUCUUCUGCGCCGCGGUGGGCCAAGCUUGUUGCUAUACGCACUAUCACCUGGCCCAAAGUGUUACAUGGUGUGGCAAAUCGUCUCUUACCAGUGGCCGCUAUUGAUCAACUUCGCUCUGCUGCCAUGCGAGCAUUACAUUGGGAUAGAGCUGGUGCCAGCCCUCAUGUUCGUUGGUCGCUCAUGCAGUUGCCUCAAAUGGAUCCAGAGUAUCAACAACUUUGGCAGGUUCUUUCCACCUUUUGGCGUAUGGUGCAUCAAUUUCCGUUGAUCUUGGAGCUAUGGUUACAGUCUGGUGAUAAUCCGGGGUUCCGAAGUCAAGGUCCUCUGCAUGUGGUUGUGCAGUGUCUUGGCUACCUGGACUGGCACCUUGAUGCUCAGCUAUGUCUGUGGAUUCAGCACUUGCGCAUCAACUUUUGGACGCUUUCUCUCGAAUGUCUCCAGCUUCUUUUACAGUAUAGUUGGCACCAGAAAGUAUGUCUUAAAGUACGUCAUCGGAAAGACUUUGCCGGCCUGCACUCCAUUCAUUGGGCUGCUUCUUUUCGCUCUUUGGUUUUCCCCCAAAGGGAUGCUGCUGAGCUUUUGGCCACGAUUCAGGAUGGCACCUUCUUCACGUCGCAUGCUAAAGCGCACUUUGAUGAUCAGCAUUCGGGCCUUUGUGCUUCUUGCCAACAACCUGACACAGUUGCCCAUAGAGCGCUACAUUGUCCUUACUAUCAUCAAGUGCGUAGACGAUACCCGGCGGAGGUCCGGCUGUGGUCGCAACGAUCAAUGGCCUUCACACACCAUGGACUCCAUCCAGCCAAUCCUCAUCAUUGGGAAUAUUGGCAAGCCCUGUUGAGCCUACCUGACUGUCGUGAAGAUUUCUUUGACCUCACGGUGAUGGCCGAGCACACCUUCAUCUUCACCGAUGGCAGUUGCUCUUCGCCGAAGAAGCCCAGUCAAGCUCUAGCGGCAUGGUCAGUCAUUACAUUGGAGCCACAGCGCACCUUGUCCCAAGGUCCAGUGCCGGGCCUGAUUCAAUCCAUUGAUUUGGCGGAGGCCAUGGCGGUUCAUUCUGCUUUUCUUUGGGUGCUGCGAACUGGUGCGCGGGCAACCAUUUUUUCUGACAGCCAAUAUGCUUUGGACAACUUUCGGCAUCUACAGAAACAUUUGGAUGUCCCUCCUCGUUGGAAACACCAGGGUCUCUGGCAGCAAGCUCUCAAAACGGUUGAACAGCUUGAUCAUGGGCAGGUGACACUUCAGAAGAUUUCCUCCCACAUGGAAGAGGAUCAAUGUGCUUCACCUCGAGCUGAUUGGUGCAAGAAAGGCAAUGAUUUUGCAGAUCGGUUGGCCAGAUGGCAGAACCAUUUGCGCUCAGAUGCCUUCAUGGCCACAUACAGUGCUUACUGCGCAGCUGAAGAGGUGGCAUUUACCGCAACCCGUGCACAGCUGUCCUUCCUCACAGAUCUGGCGAAUUUGAGUCUGUCGAGACCUACUGAGUGUAGCAUUCCUGAGGAGGCCUCCUUAGCUACCCUUGGAGCUGGCACUGAAGCUAAUGACGCUUCCCUUGCCGCUCAACUAGGUUUUGAGGCGCUGCUUGUUGACGCAUGGCCGCUCGACCUCGGAGAGGGGGUCUCCUUCCUGAACGCCGUGCCGGUGAUCCAAAAAGCACCCCAUGCGGAGCUGGCAGCGCAGGCCCAGUUUUGGCGCGCUUUGUUGGCCGGGCGAGUCCCUGGAAGCCCGGAAGUGCCCGCUGAGGGUCACUGGCUUCAAUUGCCACCCACUCCGUUCGCCGAAUGCAUGCCGAUGGUUCGCAGCGCAGUGGUGCUUUUGGCAAGCCACCUGGAUCAAGAGGGAGUGAACUUUGAAACGCAUUCGCAAAAUGUGCUGCCCAACUGCUCAACUGAGAGCAUUUUAUGUAAUCGCUGUUUUGCUUGGCCUUCGGUGGCGCCAGCACGAGAGGCGACGUCCGAGACGGCACUCUUGCACCUGCCGGAGGUCCUCCGAGAGGCCAAAGAUCCUACCGCGCUGCUGCUCUCACUGUCGCAGGCCCUGGUGGCUUGGUUGGCAGAGCAAUCAGCGCUGCCCAAGCAGAAGCGUCAGGUUGGUAGCGCAGCCUUGCGACAGACCUUAGUGGAGCUCUGCAGGGCCGCAUCUGCCCUGGAAGGAGAUGUGCGGCCAGAGGUCCUUUGCUUGCUGUCCUUCGCAGCACACCACCCCUUGUUGGCGACUGGCUGCUGGCCGACGCGUCGACUCUGGCGCUAUUUGCAAAGGAAGGACUUUGGGAAGUGCUUCAAGGAGGCAAGCCUCUCGGGGAGGGUGAAAGGAGAUGAAAUCAAUGUGGUGAUGAUGGAGGUGCUCCGUAUGCGCAGCACAGUGCGCGCAGCAUCGGUCGCCAGGGCGCCUCCCGGCCAACGAUGGGAGUGGCUGCCGCCGGGCAGCCGUUGCUUUGGCAGAGACCUUCAGCGGCGAGGAGGCAACCAGACUCUUACAGGCACCUCGGUAGAGGGGAUUGCCUCGAUGCGUUGCCAUCGGAUCAGGCCUCCGAUCGGCCUCAGCGCGCGACGUGUCGCCCGUCGCGACACGGAGUUCGAUGCAUUGGACCGGCCGGAGAUGGGCGAUGGCCUGGGUCUGAAGGGGCUCACCCUAACUCAAACCUUCCAAGAUCUCAAACCAUGGACUCCUCUUUUCAAGCUGAAAUCAGGGAUUUCGGACCAGACAGAUGUGAAGGUCUUCUUUGCCCCUGAGGGCGUCCUGUGGAUCGAGGAGGGCGUCUAUGUGGCCGAAGAGAGGAACAACAAGAAUGUGUCGAAGAACAAGUACCUUCAGGACAUGGACGAGGAGGAGGAGGUCAAAGCCCCAGCCUCCCGGAUGAAGUUUGCGCCUUUGGCCCGCGACAAGGAGAAGCCCAAGGAGAGCAAGGCAGCCAAGGCAGGGCCGCACAUUGGUGAUCCAAAGGCCAAAAGCAAAGCCAAGAGUGCACCCGGAGAGAAGGGAGCAAUGACACAGAGUCAGAUUGAAGAAGCCAAGAUUCAGGAGCAGUCUGACACCAGAGCGCGGAUUCGCAGCGGCUUGGCUGAGACGGCUGGAUACAUGAUGUUUCGUGGCGGCACCGAAACGCCCCGGACCUGCGGCGAGGUGAUGGAUGAGAGCACCGGGGAGCUGGUGCCGCGCUUCCUGAAACUCCUUCAGUCGCCCCUCACGGUGCAGAAAGCGCGGCAAUGCCUUCGCAGCUUGAUCGAGGUCGUUGUUCCAGCGACCGCCAUCGGUAGGCGUGACUUGUUGGCAGACGCCCUGAUGGUCAUCGGCAAGCAUUGGUUGAACCGCUCCCCUGCUGCGGCUGGCACUCCGGGCGAGGAGCGUGUUUGUGAGGUCGUGCUUUCGGGCGUGGAUGGGCACCAAAGACUCAGCGGUUCUACCUUAGCCUUGGUGUUACCUCUCAUCAUCCGAGCUCUUUUCGACAGCAGUUCCCAGUUGCAGGAGCUUUGUACCAAAGCGCUUCAGCUGCUAGAACGUCAACUGACCUUGGGAAUGCAGGUGCCGGAAGAGACGGCGAUGGAGAUUUUUGACUCGCUGAGUGUGGUGCUCUUGGCGCUUCCGGGCAUGUCCAACCAGGCCCAGGCCGCGAUGGUGGCGGCCAGCAAGCACAUGAUCUCAUCCACAGAUCAAUUGGUCCGCUUGGCGGACAUGUACCUCGCCAUCACCAUGGGUCUCAGUGAUGGGCAGCGGGCAGUUCUUUUCCAACGAAGCUUUGAUGAGAAGUUCUGUGAUCUCCGCGCUGGGGGCCUUGCCAGAGAACGAAAAGGUGCAGGAGGGAAAGGAAGCUGAUGAGAGGCACCUGUUUUCAUGAACGGUGCAACAGUUAUAUGGCAGAUCAGUGGCGUCAAUGGACGCACGUAGUCCAAUUGCACUGCCCUAAGUGCCCUUCGCAUGACCAGGAUGAUGGCAAUAAUGAUACCCGAAAAGUUCCAGACAGUCUUUUGAACCCAGAAAUCCAGUGAUUGUUUGGUUGUCACUGUGUUUUCGUUUAACCUCUCAAUUUUGAGGUACGAGUCACGCCAACAACAACCAUUACCCAGGAAAGCCAGUCUCCCGUGAUGAUGGUCGCUUUCGGCCUUGGCAACAGUAGGAACAUGUACAAUGUAGAAUGACAAUGAAUUUUAGAAUUUCUUCUCAUCACGGUUAAACACAGUCAGGCUUCAUCCUGGCUUUCCAUUUGUGCAUUUGAUCAGUGAUGGUUUGCAAUGAUGGAUGGGCCGAACAACUGUGGCUAGCGGCAGUUGCCCCGAUGGAUUCUCUCACUGGUUAUACGUACCGAACAACUCAGAAUAACGACGGUUUCGUGCUUGAGGGGUGAAGCUGACUUCCUUUGUGUGAUGUAAUGCCCCUGACUUUUGGCUUGAUGUAUGGCAGGUUUGAGAUACAUGCACAA